UCUGGAAGAGGCGCUGUCGUGUAUUCCGCCUCUUGUUGUAUAUUCUUUAAGAGGUACUUCCUCAACAAGUUCUACAAAUGCAGUUGGUGAUCCGCCGAUAAGAGUAGUGCUUUGGGAAGAAUUUUUUAAUGAAGUGAAUGAAUAUCGCUUCGACCAACAGCCCAGAUUUGAGAAACCACAAUUUGUGAUGGGCUUCAAGGUGGUUAAUGAAGAAGUCAUUCGUAAUGCAGUGAAUGUCAAUAUUUGUAUGGUAUUAAACCUCCUAACGGGGCCGGAUUACGAUUUUUCAAUGUUGCCAGCUGACGGAAAUGGAGAUCCAGAUUUUACUUGCUACUAUGAUCAGAAUAACAAACAUGAAUUGAUCCUGGCAAUUGAGAUCAAGGGAGUACACAUUUUAGGAGGUAUCAAUGGGAGAACAUUAGCAGAGUUUUACAGGACAAAUUCUAAUGCAAAGAAGCAAAGAAUAAACAUGCUUCAGAAUUUUUACUUUACGGACUUCGAGUUUAAGGGUAUAUUGGGCACUGGACAAAGUGGAAAGACACUCCGAUGCAAAUUCCGCGGCGAGAUGAUUGCUUUAAAGAGUAUAGAUUUAUAUAAGAGGGCGAAUUUUUUAAAUAAAAUGGUAAAAGAAGUUGAAAUCUAUAAAGAUCUUGCGGACAUUCAAGGGAAAUAUAUCCCAAAAUUGAUGUGUUAUGGCUACUACGGAGGAGGGUUAAGCUUCAUUAUGGGCAUGACUAUCGUUGGUACUACGUUGAAUCAUCAUAAAAUAACGAAACAGCAGAAAUUAAUUGCACUCGGUGCGCUAAAGGCAGUUCAUGGUCAUGGUAUUCUUCACAAUGAUAUUCGGGAGGAAAACAUCUUAGUUAAUGAUAAAGGUGCCAUGUACUUGAUUGAUUUUGGGAUGGCGAAUCGGGCGGACUUAAAAAAGAAGAGAAAUCUGUUUAACCAAGAAACACUCGAAUUAUCUAGUUUACUAGAUCUAGAUGUAUUUACCGAAGCUUCUGGUAAUUCCGAGGAAGCAAAGCUUCGAGUCUUUGACUCGUCUUGA